AGCGUUUUCUGCGCAUCUGCCAAUUCCUACUUGAAUCCAAACAUAUAAUUCUGCCACAUCGUUGAAAUAACUGCUAUUCCAUGCUAAAUUCUAUAUUAUAUAUUUUAUAAACGUACGCGCAAUGUAGCUGCUACCAUUUUAUCACAGUAAUGUUCUCGAACUCUUAACUAUUGAAAGGAAAUAAUGGAAACAAAACACACGGAAAAAGAUCUGAAGCAAAUCUUCUACGCGCAGUCGUUUUUAAAGAUAGUUGGCGUUUGGCCAAUUCCUAUCGGAUCCCCUUUGAGUUCGAAGAUACGAAAUUGGUUCAUAACUUUUUUCUCCUUUUUCUUGCAAAUAUGUAUCGUGGGUCCGUGCAUUUUGGUCGUGCUCUUAAAAGAGAAGAACGGAAAGAGAAAGAUAAAUCUGUUCAAAUUGCUUACUAACACUCUGAAUCAAUUGUUCAAAUAUGUGGUCACGUUGAACAGAGCUAACGAAUUAGCGAUAGCCAUGAACGAGAUAAAAAACGAUUGGUUGACUGCCACAUCAGAGGACCGAUGGAUUUUUGCGGCAAAUUCAAAGAUCGGUCAAAGAGUGAUGUUGAUAGUGGCUGUUACCGUGUAUAGCAGCGGUCUCGGUUAUCGAAUGCUUCUUCCACUUUUAAAAGGAAAAAUUGUCCUGCCGAAUAACGUUACCAUAAGACUGCUCCCCUGUCCAACUUACUUUACCUUUUUUAACGAAUUAGUUAGCCCAUACUACGAGAUGAUCUUUAUGCUGCAACUAUUGGCUGGAUUUUUCAGUUAUACUGUCCUUAAUGGCACCGUUGGGAUUUCUUUGAUGCUUUCUCUUCAUAUGUGUAGUUUAUUGAAGAUUUUAACGAGGAAAAUGGCCAAUCUCACGGAUAGAUCGAUUACCAGCGAGAAUAUUAUGCAGGAAAAGAUUGUGGAUAUCGUGGAAUAUCAAACGAAAAUCAAAAGAUUUUUGGGUAACGCAGAACUGAUCACCGAGUAUUUUUGUUUUUACGAUAUUGGCUGUAACAUGUGUCUUAUGUGUUUCAUAGGAUACAGUGCUAUUCUGGAAUGGGAAAACCAUAAUAUCGCCGCUAUAGUGGUCCACUUUAUGCUGUUAGGGACAUGUAUUUUUAUUAUAUAUAUAGUCUGUUACAUCGGUCAACUUCUCCUCGACGAAAGUAAUAACUUAGCACAAACGUGCAUCACGUUAAGUUGGUACCAUUUUCCGACAAGAAAGGCCCGAUGUUUGAUAUUGAUGAUUAUUAUGUCCAAUUAUCCUGUAAAAUUAACGGCGGCUAAAGUGGUGGACGUAUCUUUAACCACCUUCACCGAUGUUAUGAAGGCGGCAAUGGGUUAUUUAAAUAUGUUACGAGAAGUUAUUUAAUAUUAUCACUUAAACUUAUGAAAUAAUAUGUUUCAAUAUAUAUAGAAAUAUUAUAUUGAUCACAACACUUAGAAAAAACGUAAAAAUGUUUCCUCAAUCACAUUUUUUUCACAUAUAUUUAAAUUAUUAUUGCAAACUAAUUGAUCUUAUUUUAAAAACAAAAAUAUUUUAAAAAUAGUAAUUACAAUAUUUUAAUAUUGUUAUCUCCUUUUAUAUAUAAUUUCUUAUACUCAUAGUCUAAUUAUAUUUUUUUUUAUACAUGCACAUAAUUUAUUAUUAUGGCAAUUUUUUUUCAAAUAUAUUUAAUAUAUAUAUGUAAAAAAAGGAUCAACAAAUUAUAUUUGUUACAAUAUAUACUUAUGUGAUACAUUGCAGUUGAAAAUAAUCCUGAAGAAAUGUUUUCAAAUACAUUUUCACUCUAUUGUAAAAUUGUACAAAGUAUUUUGAAAUUGUUUUUAUAUUAUUUCCAUUUUUUUAUGCAAAAUUUCAAUAAUUUUCUAUAAUUAAAAAAUACUUCCUAUGAAUGCUGAGUUUUUCAUAUCUGUUCAUAAUGAUGAUUAUCCAUCUCUUCAUUAUUCUAAUAAAUUUUUCAAAACUUUUCCAGAAAAUUAUUACAAAUUACAAAAAAAUUUUGUGAAUUUAUAUAAUGCAAUAAAUUAAAUAUUAAAUUUUUUCAUAAUUAUUAUGUAUACAAAAUAUAUAUACAACAUAUAUAUUUUUUAAAAUAUUUUAAAAUUAUUAUAUGGACAAGAAAAUAGAAAAUAUCAUGAAUUAUCUUAAUAUUUAUUGCAAAUUGGACAAAAUAGAUGUAGAACAAGACAUUAAUGAUGAAUAAAUCGACUGAUUUUUCACAAUAUAUAUAUUUGAACUUUGGUUAUAUCAGUGUUCUGCUUUAUCACAUUUUGUUUUAGAUAUCAGAAAGAAUUGUUAAGGGGAAUAUUUUUCAGAUAUUUAUGUCUUACAAAUUUUCAUCACCAAGUCUUAUAAUACGUUGUCUACAUUAUUUUGAAUAGUGGG